AUGUUGAACUUUAACGAUGAGUCAAAUAAUACUAUAAUUUCGCCUGCUUUGUUUCAUGUGAUUAUUUUCAUUUUGUUUCCUAUCUUUUCUUCGGACCCGAUUGAAGCUGCAGAGGUUCCUGGACAGGUCUCUUUGACUGUGGCUGAACUUGGUGGAAAUGUUACGUUUCAGUGUCCAGUUUCUGAGAAGGAAGAGAGGUUUUUUUACUGGUACAAGCAGCCUCUUGGAUGUACGAUCCAAACUGUUGCUACAGGAACUUAUUCUCAUCACACAAUUAGUCCACAAUUUAACAACCAACGUUUCAGAGUCACAGCAGGAGAGACUCAGCAUUCUUUGACCAUCAUGAAUAUCAGCAAAGAGGACGAAGCAACAUACUUCUGUUUCUCUGGAUCAUCGUAUUCUCCACGUUUUGGUGAUGGCACCUUCUUGGCUGUGAAAGAUGGAGGUCUGCAGAAAUCCUUCUACGUGGAACAAAGUCCGGAGGCUGAGUCCGUCCUGCCGGGCGACUCGGUGACCCUCCAGUGUUCUCUGGUCUCCAGGGACAAAGACGACGGGGUCCAGUGUCCACAUGGACGCAGCGUGUUCUGGUUCAGAUCUGGAUCAGGAGGAUCCCAUCCAGGCUUCAUUUACACUCAGGAUAGACAACCGGGGAACACAAGUUGUGUCUACCGUCUGUCCAAAAGGAUCCAGAGCUCCUCUGAUGCUGGGACUUACCACUGUGCCGUGGCCUCAUGUGGAGAGAUCCUGUUUGGUGGAGGAACCAGAGUGGACACAAGGUUCUGGUCCAUAUUUCUGCUCCCGCUGGGUGUUGUCGUGGUUCUUAGUUUGAAUGUUACAGCCGUCCUCAUUUACAUCAUGAAGAAAAACAAGUGUGAUUAUUGCAAUAAUGAAGCGGCUGCUUCUUUGCUAGAAAACGUUGCAAAAGGGAAUUUCAAGAGGAAUGAAGACGCGUGGACUUAUUCUACUGCCGUCUUCACCGUGAUGAAGUCUGGUGGAAGGAGGCGCGCAGAGGGAGCGCAGAGGGAGCGCAUCCACGCUGCUGCCAAGGCCUCCGGGUCGGAUUAGCAUGUUUCCUCAGUGAGAUCAGCUGGUACCGCGUGUGAUGGAAGUCCAGAGGCUGUUAUAUGUGGCCGAUACGCAGUGAUGAGCAUAUGAUGUGUGUUUUGAUGUGUUCUGCUCACUGCUUUGGGACUAAUAAAGGAUCACCUCAUCCUUCCAUGUAGCACUAGUUACGUUGUGUUACAUCAUGAAUGAUGCAAAGAGGGAUCAGCGCAUUAAUCUAAGACACUGUUACACUGAUUUUAGUCUCACAGCCUCUUUCAGCCUGUCUCCAUGUGCAAGGGACACAUUUAGAAAACCUUUAGGAGGCACUAAGUGUGCGUUCAAAACAAAACCAUCUGUAUUGUCAACUUUUCAAUGUUAGAUAGAUAGAUUUGCAUUGGUUGAUUUCUAUUUUUGAUGUAAACUUGUAAACUUACAGAGGCAUUAGAUGUUGGACCCCUUUAAUGUAAAAUAAACAGGAUUAUGUUAUCAGUUUGACUAAUUAACUAGUUGUACACAGUGGUUUUCUGCUUCUGAUUAAUGCAUCUAGAGCUCGAGGGCUGUUUUCACUCAAAACUCAUCAACAA